GGGGCAAAAUGUCCCUGCCCCCCUCUAAAACUGAUAAAUCGAGAAUGUGUUGAGAAAUACAAGCAUUUUUUGGCAGAAAUUUUGUUUGCCUCCCUCUAGAAAAAAAUCCUGGCGACGCCCAUGAAAGUGACUCCCCCAUGUUUUUUGCACAGCCUUCCAAUAUCUGCAGGAGUGCAUUGGCAUAAAUGUACAACUGACUUGCAAUAAACAGCACUCGUAGUACAAGGAUCAAUAUAUAUGCAGCCUUGUUGUUUCAUUUUUAUUUAUUUCAGAUAACUGUUAUGCGCCAACGCUGACUGUUAAAGCACUCUCUUGUGGAAUCUCGUGAAUCAGAUCCGAUCACUGACAGACCUCAGGAAGAUCAGCAACCAGCUAAUGUGACCAAUUUUAUGCUCCCAUGAUCUUCAGCAGACAGGUGUUUGUUACACUUGUUGGAACUAUAUCACCCAUCAAUUGAAGAACUUCACAAAGCUUGACAUGAAAGUGAAAGUAUUGUCAUCAAGCUUUAAUCCGAACUUUCAGGAGAGGGUGCGCACUGGAUAGAUGAACCCUUUGGUUGCGAGAUCUGUAGUACAACCGUUUCUGCUCGAGGAAGAAAACAACCAACGUCCCCAAUUUGCUGUACGGUCUCUAAUGGUCACCGCAUUCACUUCUUAUUGGUCGUCUUGGUAUUCAGUGUAUGAGUAACCUGCCCCUUCGACUUUUCAGAGAGUUCCCAUCUCUUAUUGUUUUUCAAAUUACAGCUCUGGAGUGCUUUUGUAAAUGCCCAGUUGUCAUUGAAUCCUGCAAACUAAACCAAGUCACCUGAUGGCAUUUCAUGUGGCACCCCUCUCGUCACCUUUUGUUGGCAUGACUGCACGUGGCUGGAAACUUCCGGUGAAAUCAGAUAACCGGUGAAAUCAGAUAACCAUUAUUCAGUUAUAAAAACUACGAUAGCCAGGUUUUUGAAAUCUCUGAUUUCUCCCACCACUAAAACAGAUAUUAAGGGAUACACACUGGUGAAUCACCAAUUGCCUGUGAUACGUGUGAAAGACUUUCUUGAACUUGGUAAUCUUAAGACAACAUAGGAGGGUAGGUUCAUCUGGUAAGAGACCUUUUGGUGAGAUGUGCAGUGAAGCCUGUUCUCAGCAAAGUCAUCUGAAAACAGUACCAUGGUCCACUCUGGUGAGGAACUAGUUGUUUCUGAGAAUUAUGCAUACUGGAGAGAAACUUCUGGCGUUUUAUUAGAUUUGUGUUCGUAAAAGCCAAUAUAACACAAAAAUAUAUCCUCUUAUAUGAGAGGAUUCAUAUUUUGUUUGUAAGACCAGUGGUAGAGCCUUUUCUAAGUGAGGAAGUUUAAAGAGACAGAGAAUGCAUACUACUGAGGAACCAUUUGAUCAUCAGACCUGUGGUAAAGCCUUCUCUGUGAGGACAAAUCUUAAAAGUCAUAUCAAGGUGCACACUAGUGAGAAACCAUUUGUUUGUGAGACCUGUGGUAAAGCCUUUUCCACGCGACGUGAUCUACUUGGACAUGAGAGGGUUCACACUGGAGAGAAACCAUUUGUUUGUGAGAUCUGUGGUAAAGCCUUUUCUCGGCGGAGUAUUCUUAAAGAGCAUACCAAGGUGCAUACUGAUAGGAAACCAAUUUUCUGUGAGACCUGUGGUAAAGCCUUUUCUACACAAGGUAAUCGAAUCAGACAUGAGAGGGUGCAUUCUGGUGAGAAACCAUUUGCCUGUGAGAUCUGUGGUAAAACCUUUGCUCGUCAAAGUUCUCUAAUCAGACAUGGGAGGCUGCACACUGGAGAGAAACCAUUUGUUUGUGAGAUAUGUAGAAAGGCCUUUUCUACACGAGAUACUCUCAUCAGACAUGAGUGGGUGCAUACUCGUGAGAAACCAUUUGUUUGUGAAACCUGUGGUAAAGCCUUUUCUCUGAGGCGAAAUCUUAAAAUGCAUACCAAGGUGCACACUGCUGAGAAACCAUUCGUUUGUGAGACCUGUGGUAAAGCCUUUUACACGCGACGUGAUCUACUCAGACACAAGAGGGUGCACACUGGAGAGAAACCAUUUGUUUGUGAGACCUGUGGUAAAGCCUUUUCCACGCGACGUGAUCUACUUAGACAUGAGAGGGUUCACACUGGAGAGAAACCAUUUGUUUGUGAGAUCUGUGGUAAAGCCUUUUCUCGGCGGAGUAUUCUUAAAGAGCAUACCAAGGUGCAUACUGAUAGGAAACCAUUUUUCUGUGAGACCUGUGGUGAAGCCUUUUCUACACAAGGUAAUCGAAUCAGACAUGAGAGGGUGCAUACUGGUGAGAAACCAUUUGUCUGUAAGAUCUGUGGUAAAGCCUUUACCCGUCAAAGUUCUCUAAUCAGACAUGAACGGGUGCACACUGGAGAGAAACCAUUUGUUUGUGAGAUAUGUAGAAAGGCCUUUUCUACACGAGAUACUCUCAUGAGACAUGAGAGGGUGCAUACUCGUGAGAAACCAUUUGUUUGUGAAACCUGUGGUAAAGCCUUUUCACUGAGGCAAAAUCUUAAAAUGCAUACCAAGGUGCACACUGCUGAGAAACCAUUCGUUUGUGAGACCUGUGGUAAAGCUUUUUACACGCGACGUGAUCUACUCAGACACGAGAGGGUGCACACUGGAGAGAAACCAUUUGUUUGUGAGAUCUGUGGUGAAGCCUUUUUUUCAGCGGAGUAUUCUUAAAGAGCACAUCAAGGUCCAUAUUAAUAAGAAGCCAUUUUUUGUGAGACCUGUAAUGAAGCCUUUUCUAAACGAGUUGAUCUAAUCAGACAUGAGACGGUGCAUACAGGUGAGAAACCAUUUGUUUCCGAGACCUGUGGUAAAGCCUUUGCUUGACAUCUGCGCAAACAUGAACAUGACAGGGUGCACAGUAGUGAGAAACCAUGUCAGAACUCUGGUCAAGUCGUGUCUAAGCG